AUGGAGUCAUUGUGGCGUCAGUCAGUAUCCGUGCCUGGAGUCUCUAAUGAUAAUGCAGCGCCAGACAAAAAUCUCACACAUCAUAUGAAUGUGAUAUCGUCUGUGGAUAGCAGAUCUGAUGGCCAAACCGAAGCCGUCAACCGGAACUUGGAAAACCUUUUGCGCUGCUUGGUGACGGAUAAUCAAGCUUCCUGGGACCUACUUCUCCCUCAAGCAGAAUUUGCUUACAACAACUUUGUGAAUAGGAGUAAUAUUGGUCACUCUCCUUUUGAAGUCGUGACAGGAACUAAGCUACGCCUUCCUUGUGACUUAUUUCCGCUUCCCAAUCCCAUACACCAUAGUGAAGCAACUGAAUAUUUUUCUCGAGACAUCCAGCAACCCCAUAUUGAUGUCCGGUGCAAGCUCACACUGAGCGCGAACUCUUACAAGGCCGCAGUGGAACCACAUAGGCGACAUGUUGAGUUUUAG